GACAAGAGAGAUGCAUCUGAACCUCAGCUUUUUCAUGGGCCUGCUGCUGGUGCUGCUGGGCAGUGUCUUUGUGAGCUCUAUGCCCCAGGGUCCUUGUGGACCCCCGCCUAGUGGCACUCCACCGCCGGGCACCCGCCCUCCAGGACCACCGCCUGGUGGCAUGAACUGUCCCCCCGCCCACCACGGCCAAGUCUGGCUGAGGAGGGGAUUUUCCAAAAAAAAUCAAAACAAAACAAAAAUACCGCUACGAUCCCCAGGCUACCGAGGCUCUCACAUGUGAAAAAUCCUUUAGCUAAGUCUCUUUCCUUCCAUUUUUUUUUUUCUUAUUUGUAUUUGCUCGUUUGUAAAAUAUUAAAUGUGUGUAUAAUUGCUAAAAAAAAAAAA